AUAAAGGAAAAGGGCAAAAAAAGGCAGAGCCCUCAUUGCGGGGUUGUCGCCGUCGGAGAGCAGCUGGUGAGGCGGAGGCAGCGACGGAGUGAGAGGCGGAAAUUGAGAGAAAGGGAGAGAGAGGAAAUGAACAGCACUGCCAAUCUUUAAUGUUUUUUUUUUUAUUAUAACAACAACAAAAACGGGUGCAAAUCUCAAAAUUUCUCAUCCCAUUAGAUCCUCUUCCUCGCUCUCUUUGUUCUUCUCAUUGAUUGGAAAUCUCGUACAUUCUCCAUUUCGCCUCUCCCUAUCGUGUUCUCCGACGAAUUCAUCUCUCUUUUCUGAAAAUCCCUGAUAAUUUCCAAAAUCUCCUCUUCGAAUUUUUAUUUUUUUAAAGACUCUCUCAAGGCAUUCUCUUUCCAGUUUGGAUCCAAUAACGGCAGAAGAAUCCGAAUCUUCCAGCUCUGUCAAGCCAAAAUCAAGAAAAAUGCAAUUGAAAAACCUUAUUCGGGAGAUUGGAAAUAUAUCGAAGAAAAGUCCAGAGAGGAAUAGGCCCGGACGAUCCCAUAUUGCUCCUGAAGCUGCUCAUUCUUGUCCGUUAUUAGUUGAUUCUUCAACUGAAAUCGAGCAAGGACAAUGGGCAAAUUUGCCUCCGGAAUUACUGCUCGAUAUUAUACAAAGAGUGGAAACAAAGGAAAAAUGUUGGCCGGGAAGGAGAGAUGUGGUUGCUUGUGCUGCCGUUUGUAAGCCGUGGAGGGAAAUUACUAAAGAAAUUGUUAGAACACCUGAACAAUGUGGCUUCUUCACUUUCCCCAUCUCACUAAAGCAGCCUGGACCAAGAGAGGCUCCGAUUCAAUGCUUUAUUAGGAGGGAAAGGGAAACUUCAACAUAUCGAUUGCAUAUGGGUCUCAGUCCUGCUUUGUCUGGUGAUUUGAGUAAACAGCUAUUGGUGGCAAAGAAAGUUAGAAAGGCUACCUGCACUGAUUUUAUGAUAUAUUUAAAGGGGGAUGAUUACUCAAAGCCAAGCAACGAUCAUAUUGGAAAACUCAGGUCUAAUUUCCUGGGAACCAAGUUCAACAUUUUUGAGAGCCAUCCUCAAUAUGAUUCUUCUUCACAGUCCGGUUAUCCAUCAUGUUGGAAAACCUACUUGAAGCCGGUUCCUCCGAGGGUCCCUAUGACUAAUGUUAACACCGCCACUAUAUCUUAUGAGCUCAAUGUUCUUCGCACCAAAGGCCCGAGGAGAUUGAAGUGUAUAAUGCACUUAAUCCCCGUCUCUGCCAUCGAAGAGGGAGGAACUGCUCCGACUCCAACGUCAUUUGCAAAUUACCCUGAAGAUGAUCCUUCACCACCGAUAGAUUCGAAAGGAAAAAAGCCACACAUUGGAUUCAACUCAACCGUCUGUGGUAAGCCUGAAAAUUCAGGGCAAUGUACACCCUUAAUGUUGAAAAAUAAAGCUCCUAGAUGGCAUGAACAGUUGCAGUGUUGGUGCCUAAAUUUCAAAGGACGAGUUACCUUGGCUUCUGUAAAAAAUUUCCAGUUGGUGGCCACCACUGAGCCAAGCCAAAACAUUUCAGUAGCAGAACGAGACAAAGUGAUUCUGCAAUUUGGGAAGAUUGGUAAGGACAUUUUCACCAUGGAUUAUCGUUACCCACUCUCUGCUUUCCAAGCCUUUGCAAUCUGCCUAAGCAGCUUUGGCACAAAACCAGUUUGCGAAUGACAAAUUCUCUUGUUCCCUCUACUUAUGUGCAUGAUCAUGCUAGUAUUUGCAACAAUUUGGUUGUACAGAAUUCUCUCCGGAAGCACUUUAGCUUUGCCAUUUUUAUUGGCAACCACUUUUGUUACUCUGCAUAUUCUUUCAUAUAAUUGAAGCCUAUACACUUAUUCCAUGUUUUA